AUGAAGGAUAUGAUGACGUUUCAUACGUUGGAAUAUUUAGAGUUCCUUCGCGAUGUUAAACCAUCGAAUGUGAACGAGUUUCCUAAGGAAAAAUUGCUGGGUUACAAUGUUGGGGAGGAUUGUCCCAUUUUCGAGGGAAUCUAUAAUUUUUGCUCUCUUUACACUGGGGCCUCUUUAAUGGGUGCAAGGUUUCUAAAUGAUGGGUUUACAGACAUCGCUAUCAAUUGGGCUGGUGGUCUUCAUCAUGCCAAAAAGUUUGAAGCAUCCGGUUUUUGCUAUGUCAAUGACAUCGUCAUUGCCAUUCUCCAAUUGUUGAAGCAGGAAAUGUAUCACCCUCGUGUCCUUUACAUUGACAUUGACGUACACCAUGGUGACGGAGUUCAGGAGGCCUUUUACUUAACGGAUCGAGUUAUGACAGUUUCAUUUCAUCGAUUUGGAAAUUUCUUCUUCCCGGGUACAGGCGACAUGUAUGAGGUGGGUGCCGAAUCCGGCAAAUACUACUCGGUGAACGUGCCCCUCAAGGAGGGGAUUGAUGACGAGAUGUACUUCGGCAUCUUUAAGUCAGUGAUCACGGAAGUGGUGCAGUUCUACCGUCCUACAGCCAUUGUACUGCAAUGUGGUGCCGAUUCGCUGGGUUGCGAUCGACUUGGCGUCUUCAACCUCUCCAUUCGCGGUCAUGGACGCUGCGUGCGGUGUGUACGCGCACUUGGCAUACCAACACUCGUUGUAGGUGGUGGAGGCUACACAGUGCGCAACGUGGCACGUUGUUGGGCUUACGAGACUGCAGUGCUUCUAGAUCGCGAAGAGGACAUCUCCAAUGAAUUGCCCUACUCGGAAUAUAUUGAAUACUUUGCUCCGGAUUAUACUCUGCAUCCUGACUUGAAUACGAAGAUGGAGAAUGCGAAUACAAAGUCGGUAUGUGCCCAAGCGUUUGAUAAUUUUUAUUACAAUUGA